AUGCAAGUGUUCAAGAAUCUUCUAUUCACAGGCCUAAUGACCUUGCCUGUUUACGCCGAGCCGAACGAUGCCCGAAACUAUCCAGCCUUACUCAAGAUCCAGAAGCCGGGCCAUAACUAUAUUGCCGACUGUUCAUUAUUCCUCAAGAAGACCGUCAGUCCCUGUCCUGUCACUAUCACAGUGACCGGCAAUGUACGCGCUGGCAGUGUUAUAGUCAGAAGUCACGAGACCUCGGGUCCUGUCGACAGGGGCCUUGAAAACCGGGGCCUUAAAGGCCGGGACCUUGACAACGGGGGUCUUGAAGAUCGGGACCUUGAGGACCGCGCCGCUUACCCUAUAUCCUCACGAUGCCCAAUCACCUCGUCCGCUCGCUCUUUGCCAUCCUACGCCAAGGCACGUUGCCAUGAUGCUGCACAUUACUCCAGCGCCUGUGGUUGCCUUGGAGUGGCCGGAAAGACGACAACACUUCCGGCACAAAAAGACCACGACACCGACAACGCCGCCACCUGUACAGACCUCGCCGACCCAGACCUCGCCCACGCAGCCACCACCAUCGCAAUCUUCCAGCACCACAUUCACCUGCUCCACAAGUUCUGGACUACUGGUGUACUUUUCUCAGCUGUUGAAUCCCUUUAG